AUGGAUCGCAAUGAAUUCGUCGAUAUGCUCACGUCAGACAUCGUUCGAAUCACGGUUGGGCAAGUCGACAGGCAGAAGACAUUUUCUAUUCACAAGAAUUUAUUUGCAAAAAAAGCUCCCGUCUUUUACAAGAUGUUUGACGGCGGCUUUAAAGAAGGAGUGACAGGUCUGGCCACUUUACCCUAUGAUAGUCAUGAAGCAUUCGAAAAUUUCGCACAGUGGCUCUAUUUUCCUUCGGCAGAGACGUUCUCCAGUCACAUAGUUCGCAAUCUUUUGCCUCAAGAAAAUUCGAGUGUAGCGAGGUGGGAGCUGGUCGAGACAAUCGUGUUUGCCAACAAGUACUGCCUAGAUGCAUUGAGCGACCUGGCGAUGUCAUCGUGGAUUAUCCACCAACGUUCUACUUUCCCACUUGAAGAACUUAGGAAGAUUACCAGCUACAUUGUUGCUAAUACCUCGCAUCUUUGCAAAGCUAGGGUUGGUUUACUUUGCUCGCACAUGGGCAUGGCAUAUACUUCAGCAUCCGGAAAAGGAUUUUUACAGAUCAAAUACAUCUAA